CCCAUGAGUCACCUUGAAGCUAGAAAAAGCCAAACUUCGCGAAGUCUACUCCAACAGCAACCUCAUCAACAUGAACCUCGCUACUCUUGGGCUCUUCACAGUUCUCACCAUCUCCACAUCUGCUGCGCCUACUGUACCUCUGCCUCCCAUUUGCGGCACGAUUCACCUACAAGGCGGCAAGACCCAAGUCAUCUACGGUGAUGCUUGUUAUGGGAUCACGGGUAAAGCGUUAUCAGCAACGGUAUUUGAGGAGUGUGGGUGUGACUUUUCACAGUGGGAUACAUGCGAUGCGGGAAAGUUGAAAGGCAGGAGUAUCACUGGAGUGCCUAUCACAGAGGCGAAGGGGUAUUGGUGCAACCUGCAUUAAGAUGAAGCUUGCAGUGCAGAGAGAGGAGCCCUUUCUUCAGUUGUACUGUCUUGGUGAAUUCAAAGCUUUGAUGUACAAAAUGCUCAUAACCAUAGGGUUGGUUGCUCACUACAUCUCUUCUGUAGUGUAAUGAACAUCAGGGUAGAAUACUGCAAAUGCCUUCAGGGUUCAGCAUGUCGCAGAAAUACAAUCUCAAAA